AGAAUGAAGAAGCAGCUUCAUGACCUAUUGUCACCACUCAAACAUAUUCUUGUAUGUCCUAGUUAGAACAUAUUCCGAAACUCCUGUGGAAAUCUGGCCUCCGGCUACUGAUCAGGUUGUCUUGAUCAACCAUCUCUAUAAAUAGCCCCCUUCUCUUCGACUUCUAAUCAAGCCAGAACAGCAAGCCACAUUUGAGCUCUCCUGUCCUAUCCUAGCUCACCAAGCUCCAGUGGUGUCCCUUUCUUCCCAAUCAUGUCGAUGAUAAAUAUGUCCAGGGACCCAUUGGUCGUCGGCCACAUCGUUGGGGAUAUUGUGGACCCUUUCAUGACUACUGCGUCAUUGAGGAUCUUCUUCAACAACAAGGAGCUGACGAACGGGUCUGAGCUCAAGCCAUCCCAAGUGUUCAACGUUCCAAGAGUUUAUAUUGGCGGGCGAGACAUGAGGAAUCUGUACACGCUUGUGAUGGUGGACCCUGAUUCACCAAGCCCCAGCAACCCUACUAAAAGAGAGAACCUUCAUUGGUUGGUAACAGACAUUCCAGAGACUACUGAUGCAAGUUUUGGAAAUGAAAUAGUCCCCUAUGAGAGCCCACGUCCAACUGCAGGAAUCCAUCGUUUCGUUUUCAUCCUGUUUAGGCAGUCAGUCAGGCAGACCACUUAUGCACCAGGGUGGAGAGCAAACUUCUGCACAAGGGACUUCGCAGCGAUCUACAAUCUCGGAUCGCCUGUCGCUGGGAUGUACUUCAACUGCCAAAGAGAGAAUGGCUGUGGUGGUAGAAGGUACAUUAGGUAAUAUAUAGUUGGGCGCAACCUUAUAUAUAUAGUUGUUUCUGGUGUGAGUUUGCCUCUCUGAAGGAAAGAUAGAAAUCGGGAGAUAAGUACGCAUGAAGCAAAACAAAUGCUUGGAUGUGUGCGUGUGUAUGUGUGUAUGUGUGUAUGUUUGUCUAUUGUGUGGGCAUUGCAUGCUACUGGUCCAGUCAAAAUUAUAUAUAGCUAGUAACUUAGUAGUACACUAAAUACUGCAAUGUGCCCUUGUUUGCUUGAUCCCAAAAGAGUUGGGCUCCAGUCCUUGGGAGAUACCAAAAUGUGGUUGUG